AUGAGCCCUCCUGAUGCGCUAGGAACCGCACCAUCGGUGGUAACACCAAUCGAGGCAGCGAGGCCUACUCCUUUAACCUCGACUCCCAAUAUUCUCGCCCGUCCGGAUCAACAGGUCCCGACCCCGAGCGCGGCUGCGGGGGCAGGCCCGUCGAAUCUCAGCUCAGCUGAAACGGAUCACUCGAACCUGAGAGUUUGGAUAAGACCGAUUGCCUCAGGAACAGGACCAACCAUAGCACCUGCUCACGGUUCGAGGGGAAGUGGACCACAACUUCCCCCUCCGCCCCCUCGAACAGGCGCACCGAUUACGCUACGAUCUGAAUCUAUCAGAUUCAACACCACAGCGGAUCCAGCCCGACCUGACCAAACAGACACAACAGAAAUUCGCAACAUCCUGGAUUCUCAGAUUGACAUUACCAGGAGACAGGAAAGCUUCACACGUAAUAUCGCUGCUCGAAUGGAUCAGCAGCAAGCUGAUUUUGCUUCGCAAAUUUCAGAACUGACUAGGCCCAACGGACAACGAUCUGAAAAUGGGGAGAGACGCUACCUGCUGCCAUCUACGGCAUGCAGCCCCUCCUCGAAAAGCCCUGGACUUCUCCACUAUCCAUGUAUCACCGAGGAUCGCCGGCCGUUCAGUAUGCACCCCCAUCGAGAUGAAACACCCUAUUUUUACACCUCUGAGCACUACAAAGGGAAUUCCAGCCGAGCGCCCCAACUCCACCUCUACCGAAUCUCGAAAGGGCAAGGACGGUGCGCUUCCACCCAGUGGCCAUCUCUUCACCCCCCUCGGGAGGAGAAACUCCACAUCAGGGCACAAGUACACCACCAAGCUCGUAUGCACCUGCUAGGUCCCCCCAGCGGACAGAGCAAGUAA